AGUCAAGUACAACUUCUGUGCGUGUCCGGUACUUAUCAACUCUGCAACACAAGUUUAAUCGAAAAAAGCUAUCGAAAUGCCGAGAUCUCCGCGGAAAAAGCAGAAAACAGCCCAUUACCAGCGGUCGAGCCGUAACCGUGUCGCGGCAGAGCAAGCCCAACUGGAACAAACAGACCAAGAGGGCAACAGGUUGACUUUGUUCGGGAAGACUAUCGCCAUAGACGAGCAAGACCGGGAUGCUUCGUACUAUGCUAAACUUCGAUUCUGGUUCCGCCAUGCAAUCCCGCAACAGAGUGAAGAUUCCCCUAUGCCCCGUAUGCGUAAUGCUUCAACUCCAGCGUGUGCUUCACCAAAUGCACGCCAAAGUCAUCAGGAGUUUGACGUUCCGCCGAGGGGCGAUACUGGCAUCUUCCAGCAAAUACCUCCUCCGCUACCAACUAAUCUACCGCCGUAUCCAACGGUGAGGCCUUUUCAAAGGAACGCGUUACUAAAUUUGAACAAGAUAAACGACCCAAAGAUUCUGCUGGAGCAACACAUCGCACACUGGAAGAAGGUGCGCAAGAAUUGGAUUCUUUAUCGACAGAUGUAUCUGCAGCGGUACAAACCAUGCUUUGAUUUUAUUUUCUCGAAAUACGUGCAUCCAAUGCCAUGACUAGUGGCGGAGUAAUCUCUUACUACGAGCUCAAUAAACAUCUGCUCCUGGCUGUUUGAACAGAA